AUGGCAAUGAUUUGGGGUCCACUUUUUCUUUGCUUUGGAGCUCCACCUGGCCAUCAGUGUCAAAUGGAUCCUAAUCAUUUUCAUUAUCAACAAGCUAUGUUCAAUUUCAUGCAAAAUUAUCAAAAUCCUAAUCCUCAAAAUUCUCAAAUUCCACCGAUGCCACCAUUUUCUACUCAAGUUCCACCAUUUUCUACUCAAGUUCCACCAUUUUCUACUCAAGUUGGUACUGAAAAAGAAGAAAGGGAUCCAAUUGUGGGAGUUGAUCAAAAGGCUGAGAGUUUUUGGGUAAGAGUCGCUGCCAAUUAUAACCAGUAUCGUGGGGAAUCGCGGGAAAAGUUAAAGGGACAAUUAAAAUGUCGAUGGCAUCGAAUAAAUGGCUUGGUUCAAAAAUUUGUUGGGUGUUACAAACAAGUUGUUAAUGGAAAGAAAAGUGGGACAUCGGAGAACGAUGUCAUGGUCGCUGCAAAUGCAUUUUUUGCUCAGGAUCAAGGUACAACAUUCAACCUUGAGUACGCAUGGAGAUUGUUAAAAGAUGAACCUAAAUGGAUGGGAGAAUCGAUUGAAAGUUCUUCAAAAAUAACAAAGACUUAUGCUAGUGAGGCAUCAUCGGAGAACCCAAAUACACCUUCAAGUUAUGAGUUUAACUCAUCAUCACCAAUGGAGCGUCCAAUGGGACAAAAAGCAGCAAAAAGGAAGGGUAAGGCAAAGGAAAUUCCAAAUGAAACGCAAGAUGCAAGGAAUAAAAGAGCAAUGUUAAUGGAAAGACUAGCGCAAAGUAAGGAGGACGAGAUAGAAUUAAAGGUAGUGCAACUAAUGAUGAAAGACACUUCUACUAUGAGCGAUAGUCAACGAGAUAUUCAUGAAAAAUAUUGUAAUAAGAUGAAAAAAAAUAUGGAAUGUAGUUAG